AUGGACGCGACGAGAAUCUUCGCGGUGUUGGCGAUCGCGUGGCUGGCGGCGGCCGGGUUCAAGGACCACGUGGCGGCCUUGAACGAGACCAGCCACCGAGAACUCGACGCCAUCGAGAACGAGGUUUCGCUGGCCAGCGAGGAGCGUGAUAGCCACCCGCACCAAUCGGUGCCCGGCAAACCAACGAAACUGGACGCGAACGUGAACGAAAUCGUGCGAACCGACCACGUAUCUCGAGGGGCGGUGGCCGAGAACUCGACCACGUCGUCGCCCCAGGAUCGGCGGGAGGAGGACGCGGCCGGCAACGCGACGUUGAGCACAGGGAGCGGAUGGCAGGACGGCAGGGAGAAGGGCGAAAAAGGUAAAAAGGAGCGGCGGCGGGGCGGCGGAGAGAGAGAGCACGUGGUAAAGAUACGUCUGAGGCAGGAGUUGGUAGCCGGUAGAAAAGCUAGAAACUUCUUGAACGCCAUCUUUCAGGGAAAGAGUUCCUUUUUAACAGGAUUCGGACUUGGUUUUCUAGCAUUCGGCCUGAAGAAGCUGCUGCUACCUCUCAUUUUCGGUGUACAGAUCAUUAAGAGCGUCCUGCUCGCACUUUUCCUGCCAAGUAUCAUAGGGAGUAUCGGUAAUAUCGUUGGAAAAGGUGUCUCCUCGUUCGCGCAAUCGUCUCACACCACGGCCCAGCCCGAAGAGAGUUUCGAGUUCAAGGAUAACUCCGAUCUGUACAACGAUGACUACUUGACCAGGCAGCCGGUAGGCACUCUGCCAGCCUCCGCCAUGUACGACGAAGGAAUGAUGCAGCCUCAAAAGGCUCCAGCAGAAAUCGCCUCCAGAUAUUCCUUCACCGAUCACAGAAUGACGCACGCUAACGCAGUCGCUGAUCGUUACUACACCAGGCACGUCGCUGCUAAUGGACUUUCUAAAAAGCAAGAUUUCAAGGUGUUCCACGAGAUUCCUACGAGCUCGUUGCUGUUGACCAACUACGAUCCCUUCUACUCGCCCCUGCUGUCCCGCCUGGACGCGGUGUUUUCGCGCCUCGGCCACACGAGCGAGGGUUGCAGGGAGUACGCCGUGUGCGCCAUGUAUCGAAGCCCGGCCAGAUACGCGCCCUACUCGAACCUGGUCUCGGCGCAAUUGUCCAGGGAGUUGAACGAGCUGAGGAGGCCGAGCAGCGACAAUCCGGACGUGCUCAGGUUCUUCCGGUACAUGAAGGCGGCCAAGGACGGACAGGAUGGGGUCAAGUGCGAGGCAGCCUACUCCAGUUGCGCGAUCGCGCGGGACGAUCAAAAUCUGAGGCAGAAUCAGGCGAUGCUCGCCACCUAUCAGGACAUCGACAAACUGGUGCACGCGAGGAAGUUGUAAGAUAUUCGGAU